CUGUGCUCUUCGCCCAGAAACUAACACAUUUCGAAAAAACUAGUAUCUGAGUUAAAACAAAAUGGCACUUAAUUUAGUUGACAUUAAGACGAUAUACGCCGAAGACAAAAAACUUAAAGAAAAAGAUGUCAAAGCUCUGGUCAAGUGGGUCGAAAACCAACCCCAUUUGCCAAACAUUGGCGACUUUGAGGCCAUUCUAUUUCUAAAAAAAUGUGACUAUCGCCUUGUCCACUCUCAAACUGUAGUUGACACUUACUUCACUUUGAAACGCCUAUGGCCUGACGUAUUCCUGGAAAGAAAUUACGCAAAAUAUCCACAACAACAAGGAAUUUUUGACACGAUGAUAAUGAUGACCCUACCCAAGAGAACCCCCGAGGGCUACACUAUAAUUUUCGUCCAACCUUUAAACGAUAACAUGACUAACUACAAAGUCGAAUUAUUCAUGAAAUAUGUUCAUUCGGUUUGUAUGUUGGACGUGUACCAAAACGGACCACCAAAUGGCCACAUAAUGGUCCACGACCUUAAACACUUCCCUGAAUCUUUCGUGUCCAAAAUGGAGUACGGCCUUUUCAAGAAAUUUUUCUACUACGACUACGAAGUUCUCCCCACGAUACAAAUCAAAGGGCUACAUUUCUUUAACUCGAACCCAAAGAGCGAUGAAAUUUUUGCUGUUUUUGAAUCUGCUGCUCUCAAGGCGCUUUUGCCUUUAGUGAAGGCCCACAAAUCUUUUGACGACUUGUUGAAGGUUGUGCCCAAGGAAUGUUUGCCUAAGGAUUGUGGGGGUCUUCUAGAACCAGCAGCUGUGUUGCAUGAGAACAACAAAAGGGAGUUGCUGAAAAAUGGUGCUUUCUUUGAUUGGCAUGACCAACUGAUGGUGGAUGAAAGUAAAAGACCAGCUAACAAUACGAUUGCUCAGAAUAUGUUUGGCUUUGAGAAAUAAGAAGAACAGUGUUUUUAAUAGUUUUUUGGUUAGGGUUUCAGUGUUCAUCUGGUUUCGAGUCAGCUUAUUUUGUUGUUAACUAACAUAAAUCUGGAAUGCUUAUUAUUUCAUGCGAGCUUAUUUUUUUAUUAACCGUUGCUUGGAAGAAAUACAAUUUAAUAAAAAUAUUCAGCUAAA